AUGGCUCCUGAAGUGCUGAGAGAUAAAGCUUAUACUCAGGCAGCAGAUAUAUAUAGCUUUGGUAUGAUUAUGUAUUUCACUGCAACUGGGAAGCAGCCUUUCAACAAUUGUGCACAUGACCAUGAUCUAAAAUUAGAGAUAUGCAAUGGAAUUAGACCUGAGGUAAAUGAACUGGAAGCGCCAAAAUGUUAUACUGACUUAAUGAGAAGAUGUUGGGAUUCAAAUCCAGAUAAUAGACCAAAUGCUAUUGAAAUAAAUGUUGAACUUAAGUCAUUUUAUGAUUGUUAUAGUUCUUAUAAAAAAGGUGAUUCAAAUGUAAUUGAAAUUAGAAAACAAUUUAAAGAAGCAGAAAUUUACAGAAAAUCACACCUCUCUUCUUUUAAGAAAAACAAAAAUCAUCCAGAAGCUAUUUAUACAUCUCAAUUAUUGUAA